UACAUAUUGUGUGGUGUGUAUCGCAAUACAUAUUGUACAUCCAGACUCUUGUCAGUACACACCUUUAGUAAAAAUUACAAAUUUAAUUAUGUUUUUUUAAACUAUACGUUUAGUUUUUUUAAAAUCUGCUAUAAAGUAAAAAAAAAAAAUACAUGCUUGCCAGAGCUUAUUCACUAAAACCAGAAUCCCGAUUAAAUGUGAGAACUCUUUAAGCUCGCCAAAACACCUGCAUAGAGGGAGGAGGGGGGGGGAGGAGGCCGGCUGUUUAAUACACCAGUGAUUGGAUGAACCGCACAGUGACAGAAAGUGAUAGAAGCCCGGCACAGCAGCAGUGUGCGGCGGAUAGAAACAGUAAAGGUUAAUAAGACAGGUGAGGAACUCGAGAAGGAGGCUGCCGUGGCUGCAGGAGAAUUUGAUCCCCGGACACGCUGGAAACUCAAGCAUCCUCCUGCGCAUCCUGCCCUCCGUAUAUAAGAAAACAGUCGGCAAGCCACCAAGCUGCUUUGAUCUGCUGCUUUGGACCUUGAAGGGAGAGGAGCCCACAGCGGUGAGUCCCACACCUGCAGACCAGGACCAACAUGUCUCUUACCUCCAUUCUUUCUGCUGAAGCCAUUGAAAAUGCUGUCAAGGACUGUCAAGCUCCCGACUCCUUCUCCUUCAAGAAGUUCUCCCAGCUGUGCGGCCUGUCCUCCAAGACGCCCCAGGAGAUCAGAGAUGUCUUCCAGAUCCUCGACGAAGACAACAGCGGCUACAUAGAAGAGUCCGAGCUCAAGUUCUUCCUGCAGAGGUUUUUCCCCGGGGCGCGGACCCUGACCGAAGCAGAAACCAAGAGUUUCAUCUCAGCAGCUGAUGAUAACAGUGAUGGCAGAAUUGGAGUAGACGAAUUUCAAGCUAUGGUCCUGUCCUGAGUUUUAUAAAGGCGAAGAACAUGUCUCAUCUCUGGCCACUUCCACUCUUCUGGAGUUUUCUGAUCCCACUUUCUACACCGAGGACGAACACAGUUUUCUAAUCCAUUCUGCUCGUGUGAUACUUUUAAAUUGCUUUCUGUUGUUUUAAGAACAAAAGAAAUUUUAAGGUAUCUUUUCAGUCUGUUGGUCCAAGAUUAUUCGUCUGUCAACACUCUCCCUUAAAAAUGAACACAAUAAAUAAACAGGUGGAAAACAAACA